UCUUGGCCCACAUUUUCCCGCUCCGUCCCAGGACUUGGACACCCAGAAUCCAGGAAAAGUAACUUGCGCUCGAGAACAGCUCUCGCACCAACGUGAUCUGCACCUUUAAACUCACUUUGUGCCGAACCAGACCCCGGAGGCACCACCCACAUCCGUCUAACAUCACUUCCUUCAGAGUUUGAAAAAAAAAAAAAAAAAAAAUCUGGGAAGGCGAGGGGUUGUGCUGAGCCGCUCUCGGCUAGCGGUGUGGACCUUCUGCUGGGACUGCGGCCCUGCGUCCGCUCAGCCCCGUGGCUCCGCGCAUCUACUGCCAUGGAGACGCGGCCUCGUCUCGGGGCCACCUGUUUGCUGGGCUUCAGUUUCCUGCUCCUCGUCAUCUCUUCUGAUGGACAUAAUGGGCUUGGAAAGGGUUUUGGAGAUCAUAUUCAUUGGAGGACACUGGAAGAUGGGAAGAAAGAAGCAGCUGCCAGUGGACUGCCCCUGAUGGUGAUUAUUCAUAAAUCAUGGUGUGGAGCUUGCAAAGCGCUAAAGCCCAAAUUUGCAGAAUCUACAGAAAUUUCAGAACUCUCCCAUAAUUUUGUUAUGGUAAAUCUUGAGGAUGAAGAGGAACCCAAAGAUGAAGAUUUCAGCCCUGAUGGAGGUUAUAUUCCACGUAUCCUUUUCCUGGAUCCCAGUGGCAAGGUGCAUCCUGAAAUCAUCAAUGAGAAUGGAAACCCCAGCUACAAGUAUUUCUACGUCAGUGCUGAGCAAGUUGUUCAGGGGAUGAAGGAAGCUCAGGAAAGGCUGACGGGUGAUGCCUUCAGAGAGAAACAUCUUGAAGAUGAGUUGUAACAUGAAUAUGCUCCUUCUUUCAUCAGAGUUAGUGUUCUGUAAGGAAAGCAGCAAGGGAGGGAAUACUGAGGAAUCAUCCAGAACAAUUAAGCCGACCAGGAAACCUCAUUCCUACUUACACCGGAAGGAGCUCUCUCACUGUGGAAGAGAUCUGCUAACAGAAGCUGGUCUGCAUGUUUGUAGAUCCAGCAGAGAGUGGCAGACUUUCUUCUCCUUCUCCCUCUCUUGUAAACGUCAAUUUGUCAUUGAAUGUAAAGAAUAAAAUCUUCUGACAAAAAACUUAAGCCACUUGGAGGUUUACUCUUUGCACUUAAGUAGUUGUCUUUUCCCAUUUCCUCCCACUUUACUCACCUUAGUGGUGAAAGGAGACUAGUAGCAUCUUUUCUACAAUGUUAAAAUUGCAGAAAUAGCUUAUCAUUAAAAAA